CAACGAACCUUUCAAGGUCCAUAAAUUAGUUCAAUUAAGUUCUAAAAUGUCGUCAGAAAUUGUUACUUUACAAGAAGCUAAAAGUCUUUCUACAGGUUCUAAACCUCAAGUUUUGUUUGUCGAUGUUCGGAGACCAGAUGAGCAUAAAAAUGCGAUUCCAACAACAAUUAAUAUACCCAUUGAUACCCUGGAAGAAGUCUUAAAAAACAUGACCAGUGAUGAAUUCAAGGCAAAGUUUGGACGAGAUAAACCAAAUUUUGAUACUGAGAUAGUUUUUCAUUGUCAUGCUGGAGGAAGAAGCACUCGUGCUUGUAAAAUUGCAACAGAUUUGGGAUAUCAAAAUGUGAGGAAUUUUAAAGGAGGAUGGACCGAAUGGAGUUCUCAAUAAGAAUUUAAAUCAUUUUUUAAUCUACAAUGUGUUUAAAGAUUAAUUAAUAAAUAAAAAAAGUCUUAUCUUA